UUUGACGAUCUAAGUUCAUCUUCUUACAACACUAACAAAGUUCUUUGACAAUUCUCACCAGACCAAUGGGUUGCUCCUGGAGUAAUAACGAACCUAUGUCGGAUGGAGAGCUAGAGAACAUACUAGGGAAGCCACUUGAAGACAUCAAAAAGCUUUAUAGCUUCGGUAAGGAACUAGGCAAAGGUAAUUUGGGAACAACGUACAUGUGCGAGGAGAUUUCCUCAGGCAGAAGCUACGCCUGCAAAUCCAUUCCAAAGAGUAAGCUAAGAAGCGAUGACGAGAAAGAAGCUGUGAAGAAGGAGAUUGAGAUCAUGUUUCACCUCUCAGGCCAGCCCAACAUCGUCAAUAUCAAGAGAGUGUACGAGGACAAAGAGUGUAUACACAUAGUGAUGGAACUGUGUGGUGGUGGAGAGCUAUCCAGUAGGAUCGAAGCCUCUAGCUAUUACUCGGAGAAAGAUACUGCUGGGAUCUUGAAGUCGAUUGUGAAUGCUUUGCAGAUUUAUCAUUUGAAGGGUGUGAUUCAUCGUGAUGUCAAGCCUCAGAAUUUCUUGUUCUCGAGUGAGGAUGAGGACACUGUGCUCAAAGCUAUCGGUUUCGGAUCUUCUGUUUACAUCAAACAAGUAGGAACAGAACUGAAGGGGAGUAAAUACUACGUUGCUCCUGAAGUCUUACAAGGGAAAAGCUACGGAAAAGAGAUUGACAUCUGGGGUGCAGGUGUUAUAUUAUACCUCCUACUCUGCGGCAAACACCCAUUUAAGACUGAGUCUGAGAUUAGGAAAGGAAAACUUGAUUUGGAGAGCCAACCAUGGCCUUGUGUAUCUGAGAGCGCCAAAGAUCUUGUCAAUAAGAUGUUAACCAAAGACCCUAAGACCCGAAUCUCUGCUUCAAAUGUUCUUGAACAUCCUUGGAUCAAAAGAGAAGCUCCAUAUAAGCCUCUUGAUAAUGUUCUCGUAUUGCGUCUGAAGAGAUUCGGAGCAAUGAACCAGCUUAAGAAGCUUGCUUUUAAUGUUAUAGCAGAAGGUCUAGCAGAAGAGCUAAUCAAAGAUGAUAAAUACAUGUUUGAGGCUAUGGAUACUGACAGAAGCGGGUCAAUCACUUACGGGGAACUCAGAUCCGGGCUGAAAAGUCCCGGAUCUCAUUCUAAUCUAUCUCUAACUGAAGCUAGGAAACUCAUGGAAGCCGCUGAUGUGGAUGGCAAUGGAAGAAUGGACCUCUACGAGUAUAUCUCAGUUAUGAAGAAGAGACAUGUAUUGGUUACAGAUGAAAAUUUGGACAAAGCAUUUCAGUACUUUGAUAAGGAUGGUAGCGGGUACAUAACGAAGUAUAGCUUGAUGAAGGGUGUUGUGAGAGAUGUAGCUAUUGCAAAAGAUAUCAUAUCACAAGUCGACAAAAAUAAAGAUGGAAGAAUAGACUUUGAGGAGUUUUGUGCGAUGAUGCGAGAUAGAAAAUUGCAGCCACAAGGGAAACUUGUUAGGAUACAUUGAUACCUAUAAUCUUUUGUUCUUGUCUCACCCGAAAGCGGUUUUGUUUGAGAUGAAUAGCUAAACCGGGGAAAUCCGAGGUGAGAGUUUGUUGAUCUUGAAACUGUCUUACUGUUCUAUGUCAUCUUGUAACUCGAGAAGUUCAAUUUUUUAAACUAUAAUUAUGUUUGCUAAAAGGUAUAAACCGGGGAAAUCCGAGGUGUGAGUUUGGUU